AUGGUGAGUUGGGGACUGGUUCAUCCUUCAUCUGGACCUUUGGAGCUUCAGUAUUUAAACAACCCUGGUUCCUUGACUUAUCAACAUGUUGAUGCUGCAGGAAAGUUCAAGUAUGCAUUUGUGGCUUUUGGUCCAUCGAUAAGGGGAUUCUCAUUGAUGAGGAGAGUUAUUGCAGUAGAUGGUACAUUUCUGAAGGGAAAAUUCAAUGGGACUUUAUUGGCAGCUUGUGCUCAAGAUGGGAAUUAUCAUCUAUAUCCUCUCGCCUUUGCAGUGGUUGACGCAGAAAACGGCGCCUCUUGGAAAUGGUUCUUUAGAGGUUUGAGCCAGAAGAUCCCGGACGCUUCGGAUCUUGAUCCAUCUGCUCCGCAACAUCACUCCUACAUAUGCGAAGACUGGGUUGCUACCUCUGUUGAAAGCGCUGCUGAUGCCUAUACGUGUCACGAGUUCUGGUUAAUCUUCAAGGACAUAAAGGAUAAAUGUCCUGAAUUGGCUAAGUAUCUGGAAGAGUUUGAUUUUAGGAAGUGGGCACGAAGCUAUGCGCCUGCGAACAGGUAUAAUAUCAUGACUACCAACAUUGCAGAGUCUCUCAAUUCUAUGUUGAGGAUGCCUCGUGAGUUGCCCAUUAUCUCUCUCCUUGAAACUAUCAGAUUGACGAUGACCACUUGGUUUUUUGAGCGACGCGAAGCGGCUGCGAAACAUAAGCACCUGGUUACUCCAAAAGUUGUGCAGAAAUUGGUAUCUAGGUUAGGGGCCGCAAUGUUGUUGAAUGUGUAUCAAGUUGAUCGAAGCGAGUUUGAGGUGAAGAAUGAAACAAUGAAGUUUGUUGUUGACUUGGAGAAGCGGCAUUGCACAUGUAAUGUUUUCGACAUUGACAAGAUCCCCUGCAUCCAUGCCAUCGCUGCUGCUAAGCAUAUCAAGAGAGAUGAAAACCGUUUUGUUGAUGCUUCUCACUUGACAGAAACGUGGGCUAAAGCUUAUGCUGAAAGCAUACAUCCUGGUGGAGAGUUGUCAACGUCCACCUAUCCAGAGAAUAUUGAUGAACUGUCUUGCCCACCUCCAGCUACCAAAAAGAAAAGUGGACGCCCUCCUACAAAGAGAAAGAGAUCCGUUGGCGAGUUUGGGGUUCCUGGAUCUAAAUCUCAGUCCCACAAGUGCAGCAGAUGUGGCACAGGAGGGCACAACAAGAUCACAUGCCAGAGGCCUAUAGGAUGA